AACAACUUCCUGUUCCGCCCCUAUCUCUCUUCCGGAUUUCCUAGCGUGACCGACGUUUCGUGUCUGUUUAGACUUAAAAAUGCGUUACGUGGCCGCUUACCUCCUGGCAACGCUCGGUGGAAACACCAGCCCCUCUGCAAAGGACAUCAAAGCCAUCUUGGGCAGCGUGGGAAUUGAGGCCGAUGACGAACGCUUAAACAAGGUCAUCAGUGAGCUGAAUGGGAAAGACAUCAAUGAAGUCAUGAACUCAGGCCUCUCUAAGUUAGCCUCCGUACCAGCAGGUGGUGCUGUAGCUGCUCCUGCCGCUAGUGCUGGUGGGGCUGCUGCAGCUGGGGCUGCACCUGCUGCUGUGGAAGAGAAAAAGGAAGAGAAGAAAGAGGAAUCAGAAGAGUCAGAUGAAGACAUGGGCUUUGGGCUCUUUGAUUAAUCUACCUUCUCCAUGCUUAAAAAGCAAUAAAAAUGUAAAAGGUUUACACAAAA